CCUCCUCCAUCUUCUUCAUCGAAAGUAUCACCACAUCUCCUGCACCCUCUAUCUCCCUGUCGAGGUUCAUCCAAGACAGCUUCAGGUAGAUCCUUCGACUCGGGUGGAUAUUUACCCCACUAUCGAGUCCCGAAACACUCUUUGCGCUCUCUCGCGCCAUUCUACAAAACUCUUCAAUUAAUCAGCUUUUCGAAGCAAUACCGCCACCAUGGUCAACUUCACCAUCGAAGAGGUCCGCGCCUUGAUGGACAAGCCUACGAACGUUCGUAACAUGUCCGUUAUUGCCCACGUCGACCACGGAAAGUCUACCUUGACCGAUUCCCUCCUUGCGAAAGCCGGCAUUAUCUCCGCUGGAAAGGCCGGUGAUGCUCGAGCCACCGAUACUCGCACUGACGAACAAGAACGUGGUAUCACCAUCAAGUCGACGGCUAUCUCUCUGUACGGAAACCUCCAGGAUGACGAGGAUCUGAAAGACAUUGCUGGCCAAAAGACCGAUGGCAGGGAUUUCCUGAUCAACUUGAUCGAUUCUCCAGGUCACGUCGAUUUCUCUUCUGAAGUUACAGCUGCCCUCCGUGUUACCGACGGUGCUUUAGUCGUCGUCGAUACCAUUGAAGGUGUGUGUGUGCAAACCGAGACCGUGCUUCGUCAGGCUCUUGGUGAGCGUAUUAAGCCCGUUGUCAUCAUCAACAAGGUCGAUCGUGCUCUUCUCGAGCUGCAAGUCUCCAAGGAGGAUCUUUACCAAUCCUUCUCGAGAACUAUCGAGUCCGUCAACGUCGUCAUCUCCACCUACUUCGACAAAUCUCUUGGUGAUGUUCAAGUCUACCCAUACAAGGGAACUGUUGCGUUUGGUUCCGGCCUUCACGGCUGGGCUUUCACCAUUCGACAAUUUGCUCAACGAUAUGCCAAGAAGUUUGGUGUUGACCGGAAUAAGAUGAUGGAGCGUCUAUGGGGCGACAAUUACUUCAACCCCCACACCAAGAAGUGGACCAACAAGGGAACUCACGAGGGCAAGCAAUUGGAGCGUGCCUUCAAUCAAUUUAUCCUUGACCCCAUCUUCAGAAUUUUCGCUGCCGUCAUGAACUUCAAGAAGGAUGAGAUUCCAACCCUCCUUGAGAAGCUCAACAUCAAGCUCAAUCCCGACGACAGGGAAAAGGAGGGCAAGCAAUUGCUCAAGGUUGUCAUGAGAACUUUCCUGCCUGCCGCCGAUGCUCUUUUGGAGAUGAUGAUCCUCCACUUGCCAUCUCCCGUCACUGCCCAGAAGUACCGUGCUGAGACUCUUUACGAAGGUCCUCCUGACGAUGAGGCAUGCAUUGGUAUCCGAGAUUGUGAUCCUAAAGCACCUCUCAUGUUGUAUGUCUCCAAGAUGGUGCCCACAUCUGAUAAGGGUCGUUUCUACGCUUUCGGUCGUGUUUUCGCUGGUACCGUCCGAUCUGGUCUCAAGGUCCGCAUCCAGGGCCCCAACUACACUCCCGGCAAGAAGGAUGAUCUCUUCAUCAAGGCUAUUCAACGUACUGUCCUCAUGAUGGGUGGUAAGGUUGAUCCUAUCGAUGAUGUCCCAGCCGGUAACAUUCUCGGUUUGGUCGGUAUCGAUCAAUUCUUGUUGAAAUCUGGUACCCUCACCACCAGUGAUACCGCCCACAACUUGAAGGUCAUGAAGUUCUCCGUCUCCCCUGUCGUCCAACGUUCAGUCGAAGUCAAGAACGCUCAGGAUCUCCCCAAGUUGGUCGAAGGACUUAAGCGCCUCUCAAAGUCGGAUCCUUGUGUUUUGACCUUCAUCUCGCCUUCUGGCGAGCACGUCGUUGCCGGUGCUGGUGAAUUGCACUUGGAGAUUUGCUUGAAGGAUCUUGAGGAGGACCAUGCAGGUGUUCCACUCCGCAUCUCCGACCCUGUCGUUCAGUACCGUGAGACUGUCACUGGCAAGUCUAGCAUCACUGCCUUGUCCAAGUCACCCAACAAGCACAACCGUCUCUACAUGAUUGCUGAGCCACUUGACGAGGAGGUUUCGAAGGAAAUCGAGGCUGGUCGUAUCAGCCCCCGUGACGACUUCAAGGCUCGUGCCCGUGUCUUGGCCGACGACCAUGGUUGGGAUGUCACAGAUGCCCGUAAGAUUUGGUGUUUUGGACCAGAUGCCGGCGGUGCGAACUUGUUGGUUGAUCAGACCAAGGCUGUUCAGUACCUGAACGAAAUCAAGGAUUCCGUCGUUUCCGGUUUCCAAUGGGCUACCCGAGAAGGACCAGUUGCCGAAGAGCCAAUGCGAUCAUGUCGAUUCAACAUCAUGGAUGUUACUCUCCAUGCUGACGCCAUUCACCGUGGCGGUGGUCAACUCAUCCCAACUGCUCGCCGUGUCCUGUACGCCUCUGCUCUCCUUGCCGAGCCAGGUCUCCUCGAGCCUGUCUUCUUGGUUGAGAUUCAAGUUCCCGAGAGCGCUAUGGGAGGUGUCUAUGGUGUCCUUACCCGCCGUAGAGGUCACGUCUUCGCCGAAGAGCAACGCCCUGGAACCCCUCUCUUCACCAUCAAGGCCUAUCUUCCCGUCAUGGAGUCAUUCGGCUUUAACGCUGAUCUCCGCUCACACACCUCCGGCCAAGCAUUCCCUCAAUCCGUUUUCGAUCAUUGGCAAAUUCUUCCAGGUGGUUCACCGAUUGACGGAACCUCGAAAGUCGGUCAAAUCGUCCAGGAGAUCCGUAAGAAGAAGGGUCUCAAGGUUGAAGUUCCAGGCGUUGAGAACUACUAUGAUAAGCUAUAGAUGCAUCCUAUCUUCAUUGGUAGAUUUCUUCGCCAGCUCACUGCGGUGUUGCGCAUCUACAUCGACACAAGAUUAUCAGAAGCAUUUGCACGCGAUACGAACAUCAUGAGAGAAAAGCACAGUCACGACAUCGGUGGUUGGUUGGUCUGAGAUCGGCUUAGGCCAAAAAGCAGCG